CCUCCUCCAAGCAAGCAAUUGCUUCGCAUGCCCGGCACCGACGAGCUCCCGCAACGAUAGAUGUUAUGGUGAUGCUGCCUUCUGUCGCCGCUUGCGCCCCGGAUUGACAUGCUCCUGUCGGCUGCUGAGCACGCCUUUUCCUCGGUUCCCAGCCGCCCCUCCUUCUGACCCAACAAGCCAGCUCUCGCUGCCGUCGCCCGUCGCCGCCGCCGCCGCCGACCGACACCUCGGGUCCCCCCCCACUAUCGCUCUGCCUCAGUCAGCGAAGCUCUGCCCCACGACCAGCGCCGCGUAGCCACGCCCAACACGAAGGUCCUAUUCCGCUGCUGCUUCUGCAAUCGCCCGCCCGUCUUGACGCCGCCUUGCACCAUCAACGUCGGGCGAGAUAACACUCGCUGCUUGCCAUGGUUCUGAACGACGCUGGCCCUCGGUUGUCGCGCGCUCCCACCAUGUCAAACCCUACGACGACGACGGCGCCCGCCGCUGUUGCUGCCGCCGCCGCCGCGAACCCGCCCAGCACGGACGACUCUGCGUCGACAAUUACCGUCAACACGAAGGCGCCGGCCAAUUUCCCUCCCCCCAAGACUGACAAGCCGCGACCACACGUCUGCGCGACUUGCCAGCGCUCCUUUGCCCGCCUGGAGCACUUGAAGCGGCACGAGCGCUCGCACACCAAGGAGAAGCCUUUUGAGUGCCCCGAGUGUGCGCGAUGCUUCGCCCGCCGUGACUUGCUGCUUCGGCAUCAGCAGAAGCUCCAUCAGACGACGACCCCGUCGUCUCGCCCUCGCAAUCGCCGAGAAUCCGCCAGUGGCGUCGCCCCGGGCCAGAGCAGAGCCCGCAAAAACAGCGUGGCUGGUACCACGGGUGGCGGCAACUCGGCCACCGGCUCCAUGCGGCCGAGGGCGAACACCAUCAGCCAUGUUGACGGUGCCGCCAUGCAAAUGAUAGCGUCUGCAAACGCCUCGGUCGCGCGAGGCAUGGCCGCGCACAGCCGUCACCCAAGCUUAGUCGGCUUGCCCGUCCACAACCUGGACCAUGUCUUUGGUGGCAUGUCGGCGGCUCUGGGCCAGCGAGGGAUGCAGCACGGCCUGCCCAAGCUGGAGACGACGCAGAUCAACAGUAGUGACUUCGACAACGGGCUGCGAACUGCGCCGCCCCUGGCCGCCUUCAACCCAGAGUUUGAUUUCGAGGGCAUGUUCUUCACCCCGGGGUCCACCAUCAACCCCAAUGCCCUGCACUACAACGACUCUCCGCAGUCCAUGGCCAUGGAGCAGACGUCGCCGUUUGGGGCAAGCCUCAACGACGUGGCUUCGAGCCAGCCCUUCGACGACGGCCUGGAUUGGCUCACGGGAUUCGACCACCAAAUGUCCUUUCACACCAGCGAGAACGUGGUCGACGGGUCAAGCCCGUCUGCGAUCAGCACGACGAGCCAGAGCGGGAUAAGCGAUGUGAUGUUGGAUGGAUCUAACCACCCUGCGCCAGCCGGGACGAGCACCAUGUGGCAACCCUCGGUUAUGGGACCUCCGCAGAUGCCGAACCCGUUUGCGAUGGAUCUGAAUGGUUCGGUCUUUCCUGACCUCCUCAACGGAGCUCCUCUAUCACCUCAGCCAGCUUCUCAAAAGAUCAAUGACCCGUACUUCUCCACGCCUCCACCAUCACUGAGCUCGCUGAGCCCAUCCGCCGUGCCGGGGCUCAGCACGCAGAACCUGUCCCAGACCCUUGGCUUCAACGCCGGCCCGGAAAGUCCGUCAUCCCUCAACGGCGGGAACCACGGUUCCCUUCCUGUGACCACCAUCUCCGAUGCCACGCGGAUUGCCAUUGUGAACGCCCUCUCCCAGUGCCCGCCAUUUGGUGGCCGUAAAUACUCCUUUACGUCGCAGACGUCGCCACUCUCGCCCCAGGCACAGCCCGGUACCAACACGGCUUCCGCCUCGGCAGCGAACCUGCCCAGUACACAGGAUCUGCAGCGAUAUGUGCGGGCCUACCUGACCUACUUCCAUCCCCAUCUUCCCUUCUUGCACGUUGCUACGCUGUCGUUUGAUUUGUCCUCGUCUCUAAAUGGGCGUUUGCCUGGCGUAGGUGGCAGCGGCUGUCUGCUCCUCUCCAUGGCCGCUGUCGGCGCACUCUUCGAGUUGGAGCACGCGCAGUCGAGGGAGUUGUUUGACAUGUCCAAGAAGAUGAUAUUUGCGUACCUCGAAGAGCGGCGGAAAUCGGACAUCCGCAAGGCCGAUGCGCGCCGCGGCGGACACGGCUUAGACCAGGAUGGCGCCGGAAGCGAGAGCCCCGCUUCCGUGCCGUUGUGGCUCAUUCAAGCCAUGCUGAUCAACAUCGUGUACGGUCACAAUUGCGCGGACAAGACGGUCAGCGACAUUGCUUCGACACAUUGCGUCGCCCUGGUGAGCCUCGCCCAAGCUGCAGGCUUGCUACGGCCCAACCCCGACGAUGCCUCAGCGAAGCAGGACGUUCAGAUGUCCGACGACUCGAGCUGGACGCGUACGCCGGAGCAGGAAGGACACCAUCAGGAGUGGCUGCGGUGGAAGACGAUGGAGGAACGCAAGCGCACGCUGUAUGCCAUCUUCAUCAUAUCGAGCGUCCUCAUGGCUGCGUACAACCACACGCCGGCCUUGACCAACUCGGAGAUAUUUCUCGACUUGCCCUGCGACGAGGACUUCUACGCAGCCGAGUCCAGCGCGGCGUUUGUCGCCAAGGGCGGGGUCCAAGCCGCAAACCAUAACCGAAUGACCUUUUAUGACGCUCUGGGAGAGCUCCUGCGGACAAACGAGCGACAACAGAAACGACUCGCGCUAAAGAAUAGCCAGAAGGCCAUGGGCGCGUCGGUCGACGAAACGGAAGGCCCAUUGACUGGUCUGAAACCGAGCACUAUGGGGUGCUUUGUGCUGAUCCUCGCCCUGCACAACUACAUAUGGGAGACGCGUCAGCGGCACCACAAUCGGAUAUGGACGAGCGAGGAGACGGAGAAGAUGCAUCGACACAUUGAGCCUGCGCUCAAGGCGUGGCAGGUGGCGUGGGCCAGCAAUCCAAGCCACAGCGUUGAACGGCCGAAUCCAUACGGCCAGGGUCCAUUAUCUGCGAACGCCAUCCCGCUCCUAGACCUGGCGUAUGUGCGCCUCUUUGUCAACCUUUCCCACGCAAAGGAGAAGGCCUGGCAGCGCGAUUGGCAAGGGAUGGCGGAGGAACUGGCCCGCGGCGAUGACGCGACUCAGCAUGCCGACCUCUCCCCGACGGCAAACCCGGAUCCCCUCGGACCGGAGCUCGCGGAUGCCGCCGCCGCGGACUCGGUGUUCAUCGACUCUCCAAGCAUGCCGGGCUCGUCUUUCGACCCCAUGUCUCCUGGGGUCCAGCAGUUUGUUGCCAACGGGUUCACGGUGCCGAGUCGGGCGACGUCAAUCCGCGAGAAGCACCUGCGGAAGGCGGCGUUUUACGCCGCCGACUCUCUAGCCAUGUCGGACAAGCUGAACAACACGUUUGCCGACUUCACGAGCGGGGAGCUCCCUCUGCAGUCGGCUCUGUGCGCGGUGGACUGCGCACAGGUGCUCGCCGAGUGGGUCGCGACUCUGCAAGAUCGUGUCGGGCGCUAUCUGGGCAUUCUGGGGCAGGACGCGGUGGACCUGGGGCAGGUGCCGGCCAUUAUGCUACUCGAAGAGGAGGACAUCAAGCUGCUGGACAAGAUCCGCGAGGUGCUGGCGUCUGCGGAACUGAAACUCGCUCUCGAGAUGUCGUCAGGCGGCAUGAACGGGGUCGAGUCUGCGCUGCUAAGCGACGGCCACAGCGGCUACGCCACCAAGAUCCUUCGGGUGACGGCUGCCAUGAUGGACAAGGCGGCGGUGUGGCCGGUGACGCGACUGAUGACUCAAUGCCUCGAGGCUCACGCCAACCACACGCGGAUCAGAGCAGAGAAGUCUGUCUUGGCAGAUUAAGAAGGGAAGGGUGCGUGCCGGUCUUCUACAGGGAGCGGGGAACGAAGCCGCCUGGACAGAUGGGCACAUUCGAGAAUCCUGGGCAAGUCUCGGCGGAAAUGACGGGUUGGGGGCGAAGAUUUGGAGAUACCCCGAAGUUGAGCGGACCCUGCAUGGAGGAGUGGCGGCGAUGCCAUGGUCGGCUACACCAGCCAGCCAUGUUACGAUCUGACGACAUUCACGGGUGCUUGUACGACUGGCUGCCAGCGUGCCCGGACCUGCCCGCCUCGCGUGGCGUCGGGUUGGUUUUCCUCUGACUGUUUUUGCCGAUAUAUAACGUUCAAAAGCGCGGCGUUUUGCAUAGGCUUGCCGGUUGCGCGAUGCCACGUCUCCAGCGGCAGCCUUGCUUAUGCGUUGUGGCACCUGGACAGAGGCGCCACGUUCGUUUGGUGAUGGAUUGACUGUGGGAUACACGCUUGAUGAGAGGCUGUCUAUAUCUGACGAUUGGGGACGCUGUGGGCUGAGUGGCUUUUUGUGGAAGCGAAAGAGCAGCAGGGUUCCAAGUCGAAUGCGCGAGGGGAGGGGUGUACAUACACUUGGUAUGACGCUGGGCCGAUAAGACAGUGUUUUAUGUUGGGGACUCGAGGAUCACGUUCAUCUAGAGAGCGAAGCAAGAGUCCCGUUUUGAUCUGCAAACGUGAUGCCCUGACGGUUCUAGCUGUGGUCAAAGGGCCGCCAGUCAGGAGUGCAUGUGUGUUUUCUGGU